GGGACGGGAACGGGGACGGGGACGGCGGCACCGGCACGGCGGCACCGGCGGCAAGAGCCUGGCACUGGCGCUAGGACGAGGAUCUCGAUACCGGCACCGUGACAGGAACAGCGGCACCGGCGCCAGGACCAGCACGGGCACAGCGGCCCCGGCACAGCGGCCCCGGCGGCGCCGCGGCCACAGCCAGGAGCAGGCAGCUUCACCCAGGCAGCAUCCCAAGAGCUGAACCCAAGGAGAGGCCUCUCUGCAAGGGCCCCCCCGCCCCCCCCCCCAAUGGAACCCCCUGCUCGCUCCUGCUCCUGCGGCUCCCCUGCCUCCAGCCCAGGGGGUCCCUCCGACAGCGAGGCUGAGGCGAGUGGAACCCCCCCAGGCCCCUCCAAACCUGAGCGCAGCCGCAAGAGGCCAAGGGGGCUGGACCAAGCGCCCCCCGACCUGCCCCCAUCACCCUGUGGGGGCAAACGGCCUCGGAAGGGAGAAGGGGGGGACGCCCCUCUCAGCGACGGUGAUCAUCUCUUUGCCCAAAAAUGCUGGGAGCUGCAAGGCUUCAUUCAGCCUCUGGCUGAGCUGCUGGAGGGGCUGAAGCGAGGGCGGUACGACAGAGGCCUGAGCAGCUUCCAGCAGAGCGUGGCCAUGGACCGGAUCCAGCGCAUCAUCGGGGUCCUGCAGAAGCCCGAGAUGGGCGCCCGGUACCUGGGGACACUGCUGCAGGUGGAAGGGAUGCUGAGGCUCUGGUUCCCCCACGUCGCCCCCAGACCCGUGCAGGAUGCAGCCUCCAUCUCUGCCCUCCGACGCCGUCCCCCCGCUGGCCCCUCUGGGGCCCCUCGCUGCCGCCGCCUGCCUGAGGACCCUCCCAGCUCCAUCCCUGAUGGGACAUCAUCGGGGACAUCACAGCAGGGGGCACGCCCCAGGUGCCACCGUCCUGCCCAAACUGGGACCCCUGCGUCCCCACUGGCACCAGAUGUGUGACACCCCCUCCGCCCCCCCCAGCCAGGGGGGGGUCCUCUCCUGGAUUUCUUCAGUUUUGCCUUUUUGGAUGUUUUUUAAUUACGGACAGUGAGAGCUGUGGGUGAGGCCAUCCUGGAGGGAGGGAAACUUCAGGAGCCCUCCAGGGAGCCCCAAAACCCUGGUGGGGGCCACGUGCCUUUGUCAGAGCAGAGCCUCCUCCUCAGGUUGGGGGGGGGGGGAGGGGGUCGUGCCUUGGUGCACUGUUGGAAUGGGAACACGGGUAGGGGGCUGGUCCCCCCUGCCAGGCUUGUGCCUUCCCCCUGCGUGGCGUAUUUGGGUGGGUCGGGGUGGUUUGUGCACCCCCCUACGGCCCCCCCGUGUGGGGCUGCCCCACGGUUUGGCCCUGCUGGAAGCAAUAAAUGCCGCGGGAGCGGCCAGGGCCACCU